UGAAGUUAAACUACCUGAAUGCAGACAUGAAACAGCAGUACAUUGAACUGUGUGCUCAGCACAUGCAGGAUGAACUGGAGCUCAACCUGAUAAAUAAGAAGGAUGAACUUGUGUGGAGGGCCUGUGUGAGACACGAUGAGUUGACUUCUUCUGUUCUGCCCGCAGCACAAGAAGACUUGACGCCUUCUGUUUUGCACUCAGUACAAGAUGCUCAUCCAUCCAGCUCCUCUGACUGCCAUUUCAUUGAAAAGCACCGGGAACAGCUGAUCCAGCGGACCACCAACGUUGCAGCAGUCCUGGAUAUGCUGCACGGCCAAAUCCUGGAUGAAGAACAGUACCAAAAAAUCUCUUCGAGGGAAACUAACCAAGAAAAAAUGAGGGAACUCUACACGCUGGUGCCUGGCUGGAACCACUAUUGUAAGGAGCAGCUCUACAAGGCAUUGAAGGCCAAAAACAGGUUCCUUAUUGCUGACCUUGAAUGGAGCUGAGGCUGCAGAAAUGGAGAGAUCUAACCCAGGGGAUCCAGCUGCAUGCAUUAAAUGAUCUCAUGCCUU